UAGUUAUUGAGUACAUAAUAUAAAUUUAAUUUGAAUCAUUAAACAGUUUAAUAUCUGUUAAUCAACGUUCGGCUCCCACUGUGCCAAGAGACAAUGUCCCUAAAUUUUUUUUGGUCCUUUUUUUUGGGUGAACUAAAAUGAUGUUGACUCAACAACGGUAAAGGCAAAAACAAAAACAACGCCACCAGAAUCAGCAGCAGCAGCAACAACCUGACAACGAGAGAUAACAACGUUGCUCUGUGUAGUUUUCAUUUCGGAAUUUCCCAGCUCUUAAUAAGUGUAUUUUCCACGCUGCUGGACAAAUAGCCAAGCUCAAAAAUUGAAUAAAUUGUGUAGAAAAUUUUUGUAAAGGUGCAAAAAAAAAUAAAAUAAAGAAGAAAGAAAAAAAGUGGGGGGUCGAAUAAGCAAAGAGGAAACAAACUGGGUGGCGAGAGUGAGAGAUGAUUGUGGAAGGGAAAUAGAGAGAGAGAGAGAGAGAGAGACAACAACAACAACAACAACAACAACUACAGCAACAAUCGAAAUAACAACAACAACAAUGCAUAGUUCCUGCUGAGUAGCUUUUUGUAUAAUCGAAUGAAUGUGUGAGUGUUAUAUUGUGUGUGUGUGUGAGUGUGUGAGUGUCCAAGGUAAAGAACGAGAUGAAAGUCAAUCGAACAGAAGAAGCAACACCAAAUAACAACAAAAAAAAACAACAACAAAGGACAACUAAACACUGCCGCCUACAAACAAUAAGAAAAUAAAAAAAAAAACGAAAUAAAAGCAACCUCGAAGAUGCUCUUGUAACAUAAGCCACAACAACAAUAAACCGAAAGCCGGAAGAAGAACUAGAAGAUUCUCGAAGCAAAAGUGUACGGUGAAUAAAGGACGAAAGGAUAAUAGCUAGAAGAAGCAGUUCAACCCUUGUAGCUAGUUGAAAUUGAAAGAAAACCCAAUAACAACAACCUACGCACCUUAGGAAAAUUGAAACACCUAUUCCAACAACAAAAAACUGUAAUUACAACAACGACACAAUGUUAACAACAACAAAAAAGCAACUAUAGCUGUUAUAAAAUAAAAAAAAGCAACUCAUCUAUAUACUUUCCAACAACUAUAAAACCUAGACACUUCCCUAACAACUACUUGUUGGAAUAACAAUUUUAACAAAAAAAAAACAAUUACUACUUGUUGGAAUAACACUUCCAACAACAAAAAACACAUUUCAACAAAAAAAUAAAAUAAAUUACAUGUAAUACUUGUUGGAAUAACAAUUUCAACAACAAAAUAUAAAAAAAGGAAAUACUAUUCGCUGGAUUAGCAAUUCAAACAAUUAAAAAACAUAUUUCGACAAGAAAAUAAAAGAAAUAAUAUGUUAUACUUGUUGGAAUAACAAUUUCAACAAAGAACUAUAACAAAAUCAAGUACUACUUGUUGGAAUACCAAUUCCAACAACUAAAAAACACAAUUCAACAAGAAAAUCUAAGAAAUAACGUAUAAAACUUGUUGCAAUAACAAUUUUAAACAACAUAAUAUAUAAAAAAAAGCAUAAUCCAACGAUCCAAGCACAAAAGUUAACUUUCAACUAUGCAUAUACUACAAUUUAAACUAAAACUUCAACUAAAAACUAACAUCUAAACUUAAAAAGCACAAAUUUUAAAGCAUCAUAGUUUUCGGCACUCAACUAUAUUUAAUUCAAGAAAUUAACUUCUAAAAUAUAAAAUCAUACUACUAAGAAACAAUUUAUAAUUAGUUAAUGAUUAAAAAUGAAAUAAAAAAUCAUAAAACUGACUUUUGACUAAAAAAAAUGCUAAAAAAUAAGCUAAGAAAUCAAAGCUAGUUGGAAAACAUUUGAAAAAUCGACUUGAUUGGAAAACCAAAAGUCCAGAAUGGAGCGGAUGUGGCGUAAAGUGAACCACAGUUUGCGGAACACCAAUAAAUCCCAAGUGCCACAACCGGCAGCUGGCACGGGAGGUGGUGAUGGGACACCUGGUGGCGCAGCUGCCACAGCUGCCACACCACAAUCCACCGAUACGAUCAGCUCCGCCGGCGGCUUCGGUGACGGUCAGUUGGUGGUGGCCGUCCAGGGUCUGCCCGCGGGCACCACUGGCGGUAGUAAUGCCACCGGACGGCGCCUUGCCACUAGCGGCGGUGGCAACUGCCACAAGUCUCUCAGUCAGCAUGUCCUGCAGACGCGUACCGCAUCCUCGGAGCGAAGGAGACGCCGCAGGCGGAAGAGCCGGCCCCGACGCAGUGGGGGCAUGGGCGUUACCAGUUGUGUUGGUGAUCCAGGAGGCGAUAAUAUGUCUUCCUCCGGAGGCUUCUACACUUUAAAGGAACACCAUCAGCACUACCGUCCCAGUCACCACCAUGGCGGAGGCGUGGCCGGUGGCGGCGGGAGUUCUCGCCGUCUGUUUUCCACUUCGGCGCCCAGCGGCACAGUGAUGAUGUAUCCGAAUCCCCAAAGGACAUACGGCGGAUCUGUGGCCACCGGACAGCAGGCAGCUGGCGGGGGAACAGCCGGAGGAGGUGGUGGUGGUGGAGCCACAGCCGUAGGCGGUACCGGAGCCGGUGCCGGAGGAUCUGUCGGUGGCUCUGGCGGAGGACAGCCGGAUAUUUCGUUGCGACAGCGGGCGGUGGCCAAGCUGAGAAUGUUCAACUUCCAUCUCAACUGGGAUCUGCACAUGACGCAUUGCAAGCCCUGCGGACCUCGCCUGAGCGGCAGUGGCGGCAACAUAAUCACCCGCCGGCUAUGCAGGAAUCGUCGGCGGGAGGACAACGAGCUCUACCGCUCCAACAGCUUCAAGUUUGAGCGUUUUGAGCGCAAGGAGUGCCUCGAGGAGCUCUCCAACACCUUACAGAAGCAGAUUGCCAUCUGUGAUGAUUACAGCCUGCCCGUAGACUUUGUUAAAAAACGACCGUCCAGCUUCGAUCCGUGCCUGGCGGAGGCGAUACCAGCGAAUCCCGAGCACUGGAUAGCCCCCAGUCCGCAAACAGAAUUUCUGCCGUUUGGCGAAGCCCAACAAGCGUUGCAAGUACCAGGGGCAGCAGCUGCAGCAGCAACAGUAGCAACCGCAUCAGCAGCAGCAGCAGCAGGAGGUGGAGGAAGCGGAGGAGGAGCAACAGCAACAACAACAGCAGUUGCAACAUCAGCAGCAGCAGCAGCAGUACCAGUUGCAACAUCAGCUGCAGCGGCAACAUCAGUAGUGCCACCAUUGCCUGCACCACUUGCCACAUUGCCACAUCAGCAGCAGCAGCAGUCGCAGCAGCAACAGCACUUGCAACAAAUCAGCAACAAUAACAACAACAAUACGCACAGCCAACAUCACAACAACAACAAUACAUUGCCAGUGGGAGUGCAACAACAACAACAACAACAUCAGCAGCAACACCAACAACGUGCCACAUUGCAACAUCCACCGCUGCCGAACAGCAACAUCAAGCAGGCGUCGGUGAAGCUGAUCGAAGGAUACUCGGAUCCGAAGGACACGCGACAGCACAAGAAGGUCUACCACAAGAAGGCCAAGAGACGCUCCAAUCCGGGCCACAAACGGACGCAUCAGCAGCAUCAGUUGCAGCUGCAACUGCAUCUGAAGCAUCAGCAUCAGUUGCAGCUACUGCAGGAGCAACUGCAACUGCAACAGCAGCAGCAGCAACAGAAGCAGCAGCACCAGCCACAACAGCAACAAUUACAACAAACUUUGCCAACAACAAGGAGUGUGCAACAGCAGCAGCAGCCGGUGCAACAACAGCAACAGUUGCAUCAGCAGCAACAACAGCGACAUUCCACCUACAACAACAACACCAGCAACAGCAGCAGCAAUCUAAGAAAGGACAAAAGGAACAGCCAAUACAAUUCAGACUCUUCUGCACCGAAGUCCUCUGAUGACGAGGCGGAUAUAGACGAGGAAGUCGAACAGCCACCUCUGCCAGUUGGAGUUGCAGCUCCUCUGCCCGGAACUCUACCCGGAACAGGACCUCCAGCAGCUCCCUCUGUGCCACCAGCCACCACUGUCCUGCAGUCGAUUCUACCCCAGGCAGGACUCAACUCCCCGGACUCCAUAUCCGACGAUCUAGUGCGUCCUCUGCCGCCGCAGCUGCAACGCAGUCCCAGGAAGCUAACAGUUGCCACCUCGGAGCACAGCAAGCGCCAGCCCUCGCCCUACUACUACUCCGAUCUUCUGAAGAGUCGGGACAAGGACAAGGACAAGGACAAGGAUAAGGACAAAGACAAGGACAAGGACAGGGAGGAGAUCAAGUUGAAGAGCCGCCAGUCGACGGCCAGCGAACCGCCGCAGCAAAGUGCCUCCCAGCAGCCGGCGGCCUACCGGAAGAGCUCCAGCUUGGAUGUGCCCCAGCCCCAGGAGGAGGAGUUGCCACAGCCAGCCGAGAAGGACGAACAGGAGCUAGACGAGGAGCUAGAGCUCAAGGACUUGGAGGAACUAGACCCGGAGAACCAGGCCACCCCGAAGCGGUACAGCUUCACGGAGGAGGGCGUCCACAUAAUACGGUGCGAGACGCCGAGCACCAGCACCUCCGAGGAGUCCGACUGCAGCGAGUGCCUGAAGCGGCGCGAGUGGCACGCCCGGGCCUUGGCCCUCGUCCGGAAGACGUGCAACGUCCAGCCUCGCCACCCAACCGGCAGCAACUCCACCGGCAGCGAGCUCCAACUCCAGCUCCAGCACUGCGACGCCGGCGAGGGUGAACUCUUGAAGUGCUGUCCCCCACCACCAGCUCCUGUUUCAUCCUCUGCAGGGUCAGUUCAAGGACAACCAGGACCAGGACAAGGACUAGGACUAGGAAGUGGUAUUGAGCCGAUGCCACCGCACCGCCUGCUCGGACCAGCAGCCGUGUGCGGAGCCUGCAUCGCCGCCCCACCAUCCUCCUCCGGCGGCCGGGGUAGCCGUGGUGAAGCCGGAGGCGGAGGCGAUGAUCUGGAGGAGGAGUACUUCCGGCCACGCAGCAUCUUCUAUGUCCAUCCGCAUGGCGUCCAUGAAUGCGCCGAGUGUGCCAUCCAGCCACCAGCGAACCAAACGCCGGCCAACGCCCUAGAUCUCUACCACCGAGCUGAGGAGGAGGCGGAAGCUGAGGAGGAGGAGGAGGACGAAGACGACGACGAGGGUGACGGAGACGGAGACGAGGAGGAUACGGAGGACUCGGAGGACACCGUCGACUCAGAGGAGGACAUCAUGGGCAGCCGCAGUCGCCGGCAGAUCUAUGAGACGGCCUUCGACUGCAAGAUCGCCAAGUCGGACGAUGACCUGGACGAGGUGGAUCGCAUCACCAAUCAUUCCGUGCUGCUGCAGCUCACCAACAACGGUAAUACAGAGGCACUGGCACUGCCACUGCCACUGGCAGCCGCUUCCAAGACCCGUUCCGACUGCAAGCGGGCCAAGAACUCCAAGAACCAGGCGCUCCAAGAGCAGGCGGGCGAGGCCCAGGUUCAGGUCCAUCACGUCCAGGCGGAGAUGGGCAAGCUGCAGCUCAGCCAGGUGGAUCAGCAGAAUCAGAACCAGAACCAGAGCCAGACAGCCAAUCCCGGCCAGAAUCUACAGCAGAUGAAGGGCAGCGAGCCAUCGGGGAGCAGCAGCAACCAGCAGCUACCCGUGCGGGGGUAUACUCCGUCGCCGCCAUCCACGGCACCGCUGCCGAUGAAGUUCCCGGGCAAGCACGACCGCUACCUGAACAUGAACAGUAUUAGGAGUGCCCCCAACCUGCCCGCCGCCAACCCAGCCCAUCCCCGGCUGCGGGACCUCCGCCUGCCGCUGCAGUCCAUCAAGAACCAGCAGAUGUGCGGCGGGAGCAGCAACGACAACAGCCUCACCGACAGCGCCUACGUGAAUCCGCCCUCCACCAACUCCAACUCCAACGCGGCCUCCGGCUCGGCCUCUGCCUCGGUGUCCCUCGCCGGCGGAGGAGGAGUGGGAGGAGGUGGCCCCGGAACAGGAGUCGGUUCUGUAUCGGGAGCUGCUCCGCGAAGGCCACGAUCCUUUGUCCUGGAGUCGGGCAGGGUGCUGGAGCUGCGGAGGAGUGCGGGUGCGGGUGCGGGUGGACAGGUGCAGGGCUCGUCCACGUCGCAGCGCCACCAUCAUCCGCACCAUCACCACCAUCGGCGGGGCCACCAGCGGCCGGGCAAGGGCCAGGGCCAGGGGAGCAUACCCGGGCACAACUACAGCAGCACGGAGAGCAUCGCCACCUCGAGCAGUGGCGGCAGCAUGGAGUCCCUGCGCUCCAGCACCAGCGAGGGCAACCGCAGCACCUCCAGCUCCGAGUCGCGCCACUCCAGCUCCCUCAGCUCCCAUAGCUCGGAGAGCGGCGGCAGCGGCGGGAACGGCAGUACCGGCUCCAGUGUGGCCUACCCCCUGAGACCGGCGCCCCUGCUGCUCCACUCCAAGCUCCACAUCCUCAGCCCCAUCUCGGAUAAGUCCUCUCAAGAACCGGCAUCGGCCAGUGCCUCCGAGCAGUCCCAGCAGCAGCAGCAGCAGGUGGUCCAGGUUCAGGUGCAAGGACAGCAGCAGGGGCAGGGGCAGGCGGGCCAGGAGGAGGUCCUGGCGGGAACUGGGGCCUCCGCCAAGCAACUGCGUGGGAAUCGGGGCGCUGCUCCCAACAAGGCGCUGCUCCAGCUGGCCGACGAGCUCCUCGGAUCGGACAGCGGGAUAUCCCUGCACUCCCGGGAGGAGGGGAAGCCGCCCACCCAGGCCGGACUGGCCCUGCAACGGCUCACCCUGCCCAAGUUGCAGCUGAUUGGGGCAGACACCUCCGUGUCCGGGGCAACAACUACUGCCGCCGGUGGCAGCACCCAGGCCAGUGGCAGCGGGGCAGGAGCAGCAGCUGGAGCCGGGGGCAUGCCGCAGGAUCUGAGGGAUCUGCCGUUCGAUAUGCCGAAGCUGAGGCGCCGCAAGACCCUGCAACAGGAGGCGGCCUGCACCUCGGGCAGUGCCACCUCGGUGGACCUCGGCGAGCUGCCCUUCGACAUGCCCAAGCUGAGGAGGCGUCUGCGGGCCAACCAGGCGGAGAUCAACAACCUGCUGAUGCACAGCACCGAGUCGAGUGGCAUCUCGCAGGCCUCCUCCAGCCAUUCCAUGCGGGAUGACCAGAAGAUGUCCACUAAACUGGAUACGGCUCUCUUCCGGCAGAAUCUCACCCUGAACCUGAACGAACCGCGCCAGGCCACCAAGCAGUUCGGGAGCUUGGAUCUCCGAGGACUCAACAGCAACAAGGAGCUGAACAUGAAUCUCUGCCAAGGAUAUGUCACAGCUGUGGAUCUGAUUGAUGUCAGCAUUCCGUUGGAGAGACAGGGAUGGUAUCAUGGAGCUAUAACCCGAAUCGAAGCAGAAACCACAUUGCGUCCUUUGGCUGAAGGAUCCUUUUUAGUUCGCAACUGUGAGUCCACCAAGCAGGACUACUCCCUCUCCCUCAAGGGCGCUAAGGGCUUCAUGCAUAUGAGGAUACAACGCAACGAAACCGGCCAGUACAUUUUGGGCCAAUUCAGUCGUCCUUUCGAGACGGUGCCCGAGAUGAUCCGGCACUUCUGCCUCAACCGGUUGCCGGUGCGCGGUGCUGAGCACAUGUGCCUCAUCGAACCGGUUAUAGCCCAGUUGCUCUAAGAAGGAUCCAAGGAUCUAUAUCCUUAAAGAAGAAAAAAAAACCUUAAGAGAUAAACCAAACAACAGAAUAACAUAUUAAUAGCAUGUAGAGGAUAUUAGGAAACAUAUGUGAACAUUGUAUUGCACUAGUUAUAUGCGAAUAGUUGUAAACGGAAUUUUUGCAAAAUCUGUUUGUUUUUUUGUUUUUUUUUUUCUAAAUCACAACAAAAACAACAACAACAACAACAAUAAUAAAUGAAGAGAAACAAGAACAACAAGUACACCCACACAUACUAGUUUAGCGUUAAAAGUACGUAGCACAUUCAGACAAUACCAACAAAUAAUAAUUACAAAAAAAAAUCACAAAAAAAAAGGAUAUUUAUAUAGAAGGCAUAUAUAUAUAUGAGGAGGAUAAUGAUGAUCGUAAUGACGAAGGGCAAUGAAUAUAUACACAACAAGGAUAUACAAAAAAAUGCAUAUAUAUGUAUAUGUAGAAGAUACAAGAGCACUUGACAGUUGGGCAUUUUUUAGAUGUGUUUUUACGCCGAAAUCGUAGAAUUAUAAUAGACUCUACCUACACUCUGCAACUAUCACAUACACUUGAAAAAAAAAAACAGUAAAAAAGAGAAAACUUGAGUAUCUUAUGCAACUUUCCGUAGCACACACACACA